CAAUACUGAAAUGUAAAUUAGAAAAGGCCAUGACCAAUCGGCCAUGCCCUGUUUUGUACUUGUAGUAACUCCUCUACUCCUCUCCUUUUCUUGCCCUUUGAUUAGACGAUCAUCGACCACCCUCGAUUGUUUGAUUCGUUUAGCAAUCUUAAUCUCCUUUCGUCCUCCGAUUUCACAACCUCCAAAACAUGGACUGCUUCGGGUUCUUAAACAACAACAAGAACAACAACAAGAAGAAGGAGGCGAGGGGCGCCUCGGAGAGGGCCGGCAGGGCCCCGGUGGCGCCAGCGGCCAUGACUUCCAUGAGCAGUAGCGCGAGCCGAUCGACCGCCUCGACCGUGUCACAGAAGGGCAUCCCGGAAUUGUACGAGGAGAAGGCGCACAACCUGCGGGUCUUCGAGUUCGACGAGCUCAUGAACGCCACCAACAGCUUCAGCAGGAUGAACAAAAUCGGAGAAGGCGGAUUCGGGAGCGUCUACAGAGGCUAUAUCAAAGGUACUCUUGAUGGAGUCGACGACAAGAGAAGGAUGGUGGCCAUCAAGAAGCUCAACCAGAGAAGCAUGCAGGGACACAAGCAAUGGCUAGCAGAAGUGCAAUUUCUUGCAGUCGUGGAGCACCCAAACCUUGUGAAACUCUUAGGAUACUGUGCCAAGGAUGGUGAAAGGGGAAUCGAAAGGCUACUGGUUUAUGAGUUCAUGCCCAACAAGAGCUUAGAGGAUCACCUUUUCAACAGAGCUUACCCUGUUCUUCCAUGGAGUCUGAGACUGCAGAUAGCUUUGGGUGUGGCAGAAGGAUUGCAGUAUCUUCACGAGGGGUUGGAAGUGCAGGUAAUUUACAGGGAUUUUAAAGCCUCCAAUGUACUGUUAGAUAACGACUUCAAGCCAAAGUUAUCAGACUUUGGCUUAGCGAGGGAGGGGCCUGCAGAAGGGCAUACUCAUGUCACUACAGCGGUUGUAGGAACUUAUGGCUACGCAGCACCGGACUACGUUGAGACAGGGCACCUCACAGCCAAGAGCGACGUCUGGAGUUUUGGAGUAGUCUCAUUCGAGAUCCUAACGGGUCGUCGCUCGCUGGAUCGAAAUCGACCGAGCCAUGAACAAAAGCUUUUGGACUGGGUGAGGCAGUUCCCGAUUCAAAGCAAGAAAUUCACCAUGAUCAUGGACCCGAGAUUGAGGCAUGAGUACUCUGUUCAAGCUGCGCGCGAAAUGGCUAAGCUAGCCAACGCUUGCCUCGUCAAGAACACCAGAGAACGGCCGUCGAUGAGCCAAGUCGUUGAACGCUUGAGGAGAGUCAUGCGAGUGGAGGUGGAGCAGCAGGAACAUUGAGAGAAAUCAGAGGUUUUUUGGUGGCUGAAUAAAGAUUGAAACCAUUACAUAAGUUCAUAUCUGAAUGUUUUUAUAUCUCGCUCACUUAUCAAAUUAAUUCAAAUGGUAUUUUAUUUGUCCAAAAGGAUUAAGCUUCAAACCCUCAACAAAUUUAAUAUAUUUAUAUAUUAGCCAA